AUGUAUGGCGGAGAUGCCACGACCUCGAAAAUCACGGGAUCGGGUUAUCCUUACUCCGUGCCAGAAACUCUCAAACUAAAGGGCCAGAUGAAUGUCGAACAGCUUAGUGCAACUGAUCUGAACGGAAUUCCUCCAUCUGAUAUUCCGUUUCAGAGCCGUAUAAUUGUUCCUCCACGUCGCCUUGACGCCGUUGAGCGUUAG